AUGAGUCAUUCACAAGCGCAACCCGGCACGUUCAUCGCCCAUUCUCUCCCCUCAGCCACCGGCAAGGCUCUUCAAUUCAUUCUUACCGUGGUUGACUGCAUACUCAUGCUUGGCUGGGCUGUCAUCAUACAUCAGAGACCCGCAGCAGCUGAAAUUACGGACUCCGUACACCUUUGGAUGCUAGGGGUUGACGAGGCAUGGGCGGCAUUCCACCCUAGCACGCCUAAAUCCUGCAUCACUGUAGCACAGCCGGAGACUGUUCGGCCCACUGCAUACGACGAAGCCCUGUCGCAGGUCGACGAAAAGAUACGUCGUGUUGUGAGCCAAGACCGAGACCUGGAAGAGCUGUUUGACAGCUUGAGCGCGGCGAACAACAAACAGAAAGAAGAGUCAAUGAUUAGACGAGGUCUCGAAAAACUCGAAGGCCCCAUCAAAGGUGUCAAUACGGCAAUAAAGAUAUCGUCGCCUUUCGCUGGCUUCAACCCGGCGGCCUCAGCCGGGCUCAACAUGUUGCAGGGUGUCACUACUCUGGCCGUUGGGGUCCUUGGUAUGGGAAGUCGGCUGGACAAUUACAUCAAAGACAUGUUGAGCCAAAUCAAAGUCGUCGAUGAAUGCGACGAAAUGUUCCAACAAUUUGACGACAACGAGCUCAUAUACAAGGCACUGGUGGAAGUUUACAAGGACUUGUUGUUGUUUUACUACAACGGUGUUCAAGUGCUCACCGGAAAGGCGGUUGCGUGGUCUUGGAUAUCAGAAAACAUCAACGAACGAAUUACUCCCGUGGUACACAGCUUUCUUAAAAACGCCAAACUACUUCGUCAACACAUCAAUAACGCCAACACCAAGUCUAUUCAGUCUCAACACAUGGACAAAAAGAUUGAGCAGACUCUUGGAAGCAACUAUCUUGAUGAGAAAUUCUACUUUGAGUGCACAAAAAAGACAGCCAUUGAUGCCUGUAAAUGGGCAAUCGCUGAUCCAGUCUUUUGUGCAUGGUAUAAAGCUACUGCAACCCAUCCCCUCGUUCUCUAUGGUGAGAUGGGCAGUGGUAAAACCAUUACUAUAACCUUCAUUAUAGAACAUGUCACUCAGCUGCAAAGACGUAUUCCUAGCGCCCUGAUUUUCUAUCAUUACUGCCGAAACGACGAAACUGGCAUGUCGGUAUAUGUGUACUCCAGCCUCAUUCAGCAAUUGAUGGAAAAGAAGAAGCACAUCAAAGCUCAUUUCUGCCGCUGGAUCGAGAAGAAAAAAUCCGAGGGAAACUAUUCUCCCACUCAUGACCCAAAAUUGCUCAGCGACUUCUUUUUUGACUCGAUCAAGAGCCUGCAACGGCCAGUAUUCAUAUUUUUGGAUGGUCUAGACGAAUGCGACAUCGAUUCUUGCAAGGAGCUUGUGACUAGUCUCGGGAGCCAGUCACUGAAGAUCGAUGGACUGAAAUGCUGCAUGUCUGUGCGGUAUCACCAACAUAUCCAGACUGCCCUCGAGAGGUUUCCUGGAAUCAAGAUGCCAAAGGAUGAUGCUGAACGUGACAAAAUCAUUGUCUCGCACUUGGUGGAGCAACAGCUGUCGUACCUGAAGGGUGAAGCUCGAACGCUCGUGAUUGACUUGCUUUCGAAGCUGGCCAAAGGAAGCGCCAUAUGGGUAGAAACGGCGGUGAACCUGCUUAAAUUGCGCGAAACCAGGGCGAUUGCCAAACUUCGGGCCUUCCUGGUCGACGAGCUGCCAGGAUCCAAAUUGUCGGACCUGUACGCCAAGCUGUUUUUCCAAGUGUCCAAGAAUGAGAACGACAGAGCCCGAUUCCUCUCGGAUGCUCUUGAACUCUUAGCCACCGCCGAGCGGCCACUGAGUAUGCCGGAGCUUGCCUGGGCCGUGGCACUCCGAGGCUCCGAAACAAGUCUCAAAACAGUCCGAGAUUUACAGGACUACGUCGAAGAGGACCGACUACGAGGCGGCUUCUUGAGCCCCUUCAUAUCCAGUUUUGAUUCCGAGGCAGCCAACAGCCGUCAAGUGCGAUUGGCACACCAAUCUAUCAGGGAGCUUGUUUUCCGAUCUCCUCCUCGCGAAUGGGCACAGCUCCGUGACUUGACGCCGUGGUCAGAUGCAGUUCCUCUUGAGCGCCGGUCGCAGCUACACGGCAAGCUCGCGCAUGAAUGUGUAGAGUACCUCUUUCUGGCCGAAAUUGGGGAUCGAGAUUUAUUUUCAAGGGAACAGGAGGAAAUGGCCACCGUUCUUUUUACGUUGCCACGAGUAGGUGCCCUUGACGACGACUCGAGUGAUGGCAACAGCAGUGCUGAUAGCGGAAUGUCUACGCCGCUGUCAGAGACAGACGUGCACCAUUUCGACCCGGUUGAGCGUGGCUUCGGAGAGUUCUUCACGUACGCUUCGUGCUACUGGCUGCAUCACUCGAAAAAAACCAAUCGUAAGAAUGGACCGGGCCUCUCGGAUGUCAUCAGCCUCCUAGGCUCGGGAACAAUCAGAUCAAAAAAUUGGCGCGAACAGUUUCAGCACCCUGAUUGCAGACGCAAACGCUAUGACUUGCUCAUGGACGCAGACGAUGACCCUCUUACGAUGGUGUCGCUCUACGGAUCCGCAUAUCUCUUCGAGGAGCUUCUGCAAGAAGUGAAAGCAGGAAGGCUGUCCGUUACGGAAGAACAGCGAACCCGUGUCGUCGACACGCUUCUUAGACAGGAUGACACGAGUAGACUCCUUGGACUGAUCAACUUCGACGUGGAGAAAGAAGUUGACGAAGCUCGGAGACUCUCUGUUCGAGUAAUUCGGGGUUGGCAUCCGUCGUACCAGUAUCAGUCUACUGCAGAGAAGAAGAGCAGCCUCGAUGCAAUUUUUGACCACAUAGUUCGCGGCUUAGAUUUUGUCGUGGAUGAAGAAUGGCCUAAUGAGUUACUCUGCAUAGCUGCUAGCCGCGGAUGCCUCCCAGUUCUCGAGAGGCUCUUUCGAGCUGCCUCGUGCAAUCCAGCUCUCCAGCAGAACAUUCUCCAAACACGCCACCGCGGUGAUGGGAGGUUGCACAGUGCUGAACCUCACCAGUCCGUUGGUGAAGCCGCGCAGAGUGGUCAUGGGGCUGCCGUCGCCUUUUUACUCGAGCAAGAAGGCAUCGAGGCGCAUUUGCGAUACAAGAACCUCACCGGCAGGAACGUGCUCCACAAAGCUGCCGCACACUGUGACGUAGAGACGUUCAAGAUGCUGCUGUCACGCUACCCAGAGGGGAUUCAUGAAACGUACGACGACAUGGGAUCUACGCCGCUCCAAGAGGCCAUCGGCAGUAACAGACCGGAGGAAAUCGAGGUUGGAAUCGCCAAGGCCCUUUUGGAGGCCGGAGCCGACGUCAGGUGCGGUCUUGACCAACAGCCCAGUGACUGGCACGACCCGAUCCGCAUGGCAGCGCGUUGGGGCAAGCUGGGCUUGAUCAAGGUUUUAGUGCAGGUCGGCGGUGCGGACCCAAUGAGCGUCUUCAAGCCAAGCCGGGACCAAGACGGGAAGCUGGAAUUCAUAGACCCAUUCGAGAAUGAGCGACAGAUGAAGGUGAGGGAAACGCUCCUGUCCCUCCACAGGGAGCAGGGGAAGUAA